AUGGCUGCUGUGACUCUACAAGUCCCCAGUCUGUCGAAGGAGCAAGCAACAUGUGCAGAGGAGGACGAGUUGGACCUCCGAUGGCUUGAGGACAGGCUGUCUUGGGCUGCACGGCUUGGUGAGACAGCCCAGACAUUGCGCGAUUCCCGCGAGCGCAGCGAGCGCAGCGAGAACGAGCAAGGCGAGCGCUGGCUUGAAGAGUUCGCUCAGCUCCGAUGUGAAUUCAGGCGGCGAUCCAGGAGGUUGGAGAAGCUGGAAAACACAAUGCAUUCAGUGACAUCCAGUUGCAUCGAGGCCCAGCACCACUUGGCUAGCCUGACCCGGGAGCGUGACUUGUUGAUGGAUUGCGUUCAGGAGCUGCUGUUGCUGACGGCCUCGGACAUGCAGGAUCCCGCCCAGCGGCAUGGUGGCCCUUCGAAGGCGAGAGAAGCAUGGCAAAGCAAAGACGGCGACACAUCCGAGCCGGUGGCCAAAGAUGUUGCCGCCGGAGGAGCUCGGGCAACACCUCGCUCUGUGAGGAACAGCGCGUCUCCACGUGACCUUCUGAAGGCUCCGGAAGGUGCUCGCAGAGUGCGCUUUGAUGACAAACUCCAGGAGUCGCCAAGAUUUCCGCGACAGCCUCCGGACAGGCACAGCGCUUCAUUGCGUUGGAAUCCUAUCCUGAAGCAUCGUCCGACCUCGGCGGUACGGACACCGGAAGCGACUGUCACACAGGCGGGCGCCUCUGCCGUUGACGCAAGGACUUCCGAACUUGAGCCGGAUGCAGGAUGUGCAGACGAAGAAGCUCAGGCCGUGGCGCAACAAGGAGAUUCUGAUGAGCUUCGACGCGGUGCCGAGGUUCAGGAGCCGCUGGUGAUGACACCACAUGUCUGCGCCGGGCACGUGCAGCGUGUGGUCCUGCAGUCGCCGCCGUGGCAGCCUGGGCAACCUGGGCCCCAGCCUGUGUUGGCAGCCCAAGCACGGGCUGCUGGAGGUGCUGUUUGCAACCAUCGAGGCUGCGCUGGGCAAGUCCGCUGGGGUGAAGGAGCAGCCUUCGCUCGUGUGCCGGUUGGGCCAGUGCCGCGCGGGAUCGCUUCCAGCCCUUUGGGGCGCAUGUCGUAG